AUGAGUGGGAGCAACUUUGGAGAUAGCAUGGGCUGGGGCAGAUCGUCCAGCUCCAGGAGGGGCAAGAGAGGCGGCGGAGGGAGCGGCGGCAGCGGCACCGACAAGCCAAAGCAGCCGCAGCGGGGGCUCGGUGUGGCGCAGCUGGAGAAGAUUAGGUUACAGAGUGAAAUGGCGGAGUACUUCCAGCCUCCCGGAGGUCAGCCACCAAGUUUGAUCCACAGAACGGCCAGCCUCAAUUUGGAGGAUACCCGGGCUUCGACGUCCUCGCUGUCAUCAUCCCCAUCGUCCCCCUUCCAUGCUGCCGCCGUCUCUUCAGCAUUCCCGGUCCAUCCAAAUUUUGGGAUGGCAUACGGAGAGAGAGUAGACACACGAUAUGGUGAAUUCCAGACUCCCAUCGUCAGAUCACCAAGAAGCAGCACUAUCAAUGGGCCACCAAAUUACUCGCAUCCUGGCGUCACAUUGCCGCUCUUUGCACCAGAGGAAUCCACCCGUCUGAGGGGACACCAUGACCGAAGCCGAUCAGCGGAUUCGACGAGUAUGAACUCUGACGAUCCACAAGACGUGGACCUUGAGCUAAAGCUAUGA